GUGCUCACCGCUCAACCAACACCAGUGUAAUUCUACAUACCAACACACAUGCAAUUGGGACAACAAAACAGCUCCAGCAAAAACACAACGGAAUUCAUCGCCUCCAAAGCAAAUGGGCACGAUUGAAACGAUCAUACCGUGCUCGUCGCUCGCAACAAUAACGACUCGUUUUUUCAUACUGUGGAAACGUUGCGGAAAGUGCUCGCGGUCUUAAGAAACAUAAAUACAUACACACAUACCUAAGUGUGUGGAUAGGGAAAAAAAGUAUCUUUAAGAUUUACCAAUAUUAACAACAACAAUAACAUAACUACAGUUGAAAAGAAAGUGUAUAAAAAAUAUUUACGAUGAAGAUUUUAGUGAACAAACAACAACUAAUAAAAACAAGUGAAUAAAGAGGUAAAGAGAUGGAAAUAAAAGAAAUAAAUUUAAAUUAAAUUACAUAUAAUCAAAUAUAAAUAAAAGCUAGAGUGUUGAAAACGUGAUUGUUCAAACUGUGAAACCAACCAAAUGAAAAUUGAUUAAUUCCCUUGAAAAUAAAAUAGAAAAUUUCUCAAAAAUUCAACUAAAUUUUAUACAAAGCAAGUGUAAAUUGGAAAAGUGACUGAAAAAAAUGUUUUUUUUUUCCUCCAACUGUUAAAGAAAAAUGCCAGAGCAACAGGAAUUUGCCCUCAAACAAAUUUAUACAGCGUGAAAACCUACAACUCGCUGUAGAUACACUACUUUAUAUGUACAUACAUACAUACAUAUGUAUGUAUAUCUGUACAUAUUUUUGAAAUGAAAAAAUAAUAAAUAAUUAAUUUUUUGUGGAAUGGAAUGCAGCAAAAGAGAUAGCAUUAGUUGGCAAUACGUGAGGGACAUGCGCGUAAGCGAGAUGCCGACAAGUUGUUGAAGCGCACGAAUUCAAUUUUGAAACGACGACGAGCCAAGAGCGCACCUACAAACAUACAUACAAACGUUUAGACAUACAAACAUCGUACGACAAGUAACUAAAACAACUAUAACAACAACAUCUACACACGCGCUCACAGUGGGGGAGCAAGGAAAAAAGUACUUUUUUUCUUUUCUUUUCUUUUUAAAUUUUUUUUUGAGAGAGAGAUACUCCAAUCUGUGUGCGUGUCGUCAGUUUAGUGUGGGGUAACGGGGUGAGCGACGUGAAGUCAAUGCGAUCAAUGUGUAGUUCGAAAGACUACCAACCACUACUACUACUACACACAUACAACGGACGGCUAACUGUCUGUGUAUCUGUGUAUGUCUAGUUGAGCGCUGAGGCGUACGAAACAAAACGCGCUUCGUCCGCGCCUACACCACCCCUCAGCAUCGAAUGCGGUGGUUUGUCGACUCGAUUGGCACCAAACAGCCAGAGCUCUAGCCAUAGCUAUAGCUAGCAGCCAUCGCGGUUGAGCUACAUACCAGCUAACCAGUCAGGCAGCUCGCCAGUAUGUUAGUACGCUAGCCAGCAAGUCAGCAAGCUAGGAGGCUACUAGCUAACGCCCGCAAACGACGAUCGAAUUGUUUGAUACGCGCGUUUACUCGUCGCAUUUGUUUUGUGUUGAUUUUAUUUUAUUUUUAUUUUUUUAACGGGUUUCGUUUUAAUAACGAGCGCGUUUGAAAUGAAAUGAGAGCGUCAUGUCCAAGCCCACAGUGCAAACAAAGUGAAAACAGUGCAACAAAAGCAGCAAAACUGCGCCACUGAAUACAAAAAAAAAUAAAAAAAUGUGUGUAAAUUAAUUGAAAGGUUUAUAGAAAAUAGUGAUAAACUGAAACCAAAUCCAAGUGAAAAGAGUUGAAAAAAUAUCAAAACUCAACUGCCCAUUCAUCAAACUAUAUUCAGCUGACAAGAUCUCUGAUUAUAGCUUGCAACAGCAACGACCCGAAAAAUAUAUCUACACACACAUGCACAUACAAAUGCACAUUUAAAGCAUUUCACCAAAUUAAAACGCCGCCGCGUCUCCUAAACUGCCCCACAUAUUGCUGCGCGUCUUUCAAAUAUUAUGCGCCAGCAAGUGUACAACAGAUAAGGAGAUAACAAAUAGCCAAAGCAAAAUAAACGCUUAAUAUGUUGUUGUUAGCGGCGACGCGAAAUCGUCAUCAACAGCAACAUUCGUUGUUGCAUGCCAACGUCUGCGUGUAAAAUGUUGUUGUGCUGGUCUCGUAAAUUGCCAACGUUUUGACUAUAAUUUUUCUUAAUAACGAACGGAAAAAGCAGCAACAAAUACCACAGUUGACUUAGUGAUAAUCAUUAUUUUGCACUAUCAUCAUCAGCGACAAAGUCUUGAGCAACAAAAAAAAAAGAAAGAUAGCAAUAAAUUACUGCUGUUGCCUCCAAAUGUUCAAACUUUUAUUAGUGUUUGUAGUUGUUGUCUGCUAUUUAUGAGUUUUAGCGCGGCAACAUUUGGUAUAUCAAAGUUAUUUUUGUUGCUGUUGCACAUACUACUACUCAGCGUCUCUUGCAUUUUAAGCAACGCCAGCAACGCUGCCACCGCUUAGCGAACUACAUUUAGCUGCUAUUCAAAAACAACAAGAAAAAAUCUCCCAUAACUGUUGCCACCGUCACAGCGCCGCAGCCACCGCUCUAACCGCAUUGGUAGUAGCCGGUGCCAGCAGCUUCGCGUUUCUUGGCAAUCAUAAAGAUUUUGUCAUCGUCCACAACGUGCAGGAAUUUCAAAUUGAAAUUAUGCCAAAACAACAACAACAACCACAAUAUCACCAACAACACCAACAGCAACACCACAACACAACGUCUUCGUCGGCGGCAACACAUCAUGGCGAAUAUCCACUGCCAGAUGGUUGGGACAUCGCCACCGAUUUCGAUGGCAAAACAUACUACAUCGAUCAUAAUACGAAGAAGACAACUUGGCUGGAUCCCCGCGAUCGUUAUACCAAACCACAAUCAUUCGAAGAUUGUGUCGGCGAUGAACUGCCUCAUGGCUGGGAGGAAGCAUACGAUCCGCACAUAGGACGUUAUUACAUAAAUCACAUAGAACAGACCACGCAGUUGGAAGACCCGCGACAGGAAUGGAAAAGCGUGCAAGAGCAAAUGUUGCGCGACUACCUGUCCGAGGCGCAGGAUCAAUUAGAAAAGAAGAGUGAAUUGUAUGAUAUCAAACAGCAGCGUUUACAGAUAGCACAGGAAGAGUAUAAUCAUCUGAAUAAAUUGGCGACGAGCAGGAGUAGUUUAUGUUCAUCCUCGAGCUCAAUGAGUCGACAUGAUCCUGAACUACUACGCGCCGAAGUUGCUUCAUCAUGGGAACGCGUACGUCGUCUACGACAGGAACUUAAACAUAUCACACAUGACAUUACGCUGACAAAACGAGGAGUGAACACGCUUCAUUCGGUGGGUGAGAAGAUUAAUGCACGUCAAAAUGGUUGUUAUGAUAUCGCAGAAGUACAAGCCAUACGCGAGGAAAUGCUCAAGGUGCACAAGUCGCUGGUAUCGGGUGAGAAGGUGCGCGAAGACCUCAUACGCAGUUUGGUGCAAAUCAAGAAGGAGCUUAGCCGUCAACAGAUUAACGAUGAGAACGCUGAGCUUAUGAAUGCAGCCUCGCCUUUCGAUCGAGUCUGUGUCGCUUCACAGACGGAUCUUUGUGGACCGGGCGAUAUGAACAGUGGCGCACGCUUUGCCGAAAUGGCCAAAACAAAGCUACAAUACUCGGAGUGGCGUAAAUAUAUGAAGAAGCUGCAGCAACAACUCGUAGAUCAUGUGGAACGCAUCGAUCCUGGCCAGCUAGAGUCAGAUAAGGAUCGUAUACUCCUAAUACAGGAGAAGGAGAAAUACCUCAACGAUUUGAAUAGCAUAUCGAUGGAGUCACGUACACCUAAGGAGGUCUGCGUUAUUCAGCAAACACGCCGCAAGCUGGAGGAAGAUCUGAAAGAGGCGUAUGAGGCUACAAAUCAAUGCAUCGCGAAACGUUUGCGUUUCCACGAAGAGAAACAGUUGCUUGUGGGUGAACUGCAGGAUGCGAUUAAGUCGACAAAGAAACUUGAGGAGCGUCUGAAGUCAUUCUCAUCAGAGAGCACAUUCUCCAUUAGCAGUGGUUCUAGUCUGGGUUCAUUGUCGACGGCGAGCAGCAAGAGCGCGCUCAGCUUCACCGACAUCUAUAUCGACCCAUUCGCUGUCGAAACGCAAAUCGAUGUAAUCGACCUGCAGCGUCGUUCACAACGUUUCUAUCAGCAACAACAGCUGCAGGCCGCGCAGGCACAGCUACAGUUGCAACAUCCCCAUCAUCAACAACAACAUCAGUCACAAAUGCAUACGGUCGCAAAUGCGCAUCCCCAGUUGCAGCAGCAGCCCUCAUCCGAGUUGUCGCUAUCGCCGCGCAGCAGCCUCUCAUUGGAAACACCGCCCGCCUCACCCAUGAAAUACAACGCCAAUGCCGAUCAAGUGUCGACAAUUGCCAUUCAACGACUCAAGGAGGAGCCGACCUAUGCCAAUACACCAGCAGGGGCCGCUUUGCCGCCACUCUAUCAGCCAAGUCCUGCACUAGCUGCUGCAAUGCCACGUACACAGGCACACGAAUUGGACUCAACACUGCUAGAUUGCAUGGUGUUAGAAGCUAAAUUGCAAAAACUCAACUUAUCCGCGCCACUUAACCUGCCUGCAGCGCCUUUGUCACCGAUUUCGGAGAAACCUUCGCUAUUGGAUCUGCCACAAGAGAUGCUCAGCCGUUCGUCAUCUUCCUCGAAUACUCGCUCCGUAUCGGCGGCGGUAAGCAAUGAAUCCGUAGCAGGCGACUCCGGUGUCUUUGAGGCAUCUCGCGCACAUUUACCGCGCAAAGAGCUGGCGCAAGUACAGAUCGGGCUGAAGUAUCUCAAAGACAAGGGUGUACUAGUCGUAUCGCUGGAACGUGCGAAUAAUCUGUCAGCGUUGUGGACCGCGACCGCGGACAACUCACAAGUUUACUUACGCGCUGCACUGUUGCCCAACUCGCUCACGUCCAUUCGCACAAAGGCCUUGUCCGAUUUCCAGAAGCCGGUGUUCAGCGAUACUUUCGCCGUGUCCAUAUCGCUUAGCAAACUGCAGACAAAGAGCCUACAGGUCACAGUAGUCAGCAUGACCGGUCAGAAGGAGGAGAUUAUCGGCACAGUACAGAUUAGCAUGGCCGAAUUCAACCCCGAUGAUUCCACACUCAAGUGGUACAAUGUGCUCAGCUCGAAGUUCAUGCCAACAUUUGAGCCGCUCGAUUUACCCUCAACGAGUUCUGCCGCCGGCGCGAAUGCUUCUGUUGCCUCUCCAGCUAAUUCGGCUACAGGAAGUAACUCAGCCUCAGCAUCACAAAUAACCAGCGGCUCAAGUACAGCUGUGUCUGCGUCAAAUACAACGAAUGCUGCUAAGGAAGAAUCAUCCGAUGAGUCGACAAUUACUUCGUCUCAAACCUCAACGCUGACACGCAAUCAAGUGCCACCCUUCGAGAUGCAGGCACAAAUCACUGAAGAGUUGCAAGAGCAGCUGAGUGUUAAUGACGAGGACGAUGAGGAUGAGGAAGACGACGAUGAUGAGGAGGAGGACGAAGACGACGACUUGGAGGGUCUGACAGAUGAGAAAAUGCUGGAGGCAUAUAACUGCAUUGACCUGGUUAAACAGGAGUAUGUCGAUAAAGAAACAAAUACGGAAUGCGCUUUUCCGCCUGAGAAAUCACGUACCGCACAGCAACAACAACAAAUGGCCGACGACAGGCCAGUUAAACGUUCGCAAACAUUCACACCAUCUGCGGCAGUUAAUAAAAAUCGUUACAUCUGUCGUCUGAAUCGCUCGGACUCCGACUCGGCUAUGCAUUUCGGCGUCACACCGCAUCCCUUCCAUCGUGGUGCUGUAGAGCGACGUUCGCUGCGCUUCCACACCAAAGCGCCAAAGCAAGUGACAAAACUUCGUCACACACAUAUACCGAGAACUAGCUUGGACCUUGAGCUGGAUCUGCAAGCGCAGCAUAGUAAAUUAGAUUUCCUUAAUGAUCAAAUUGCCAAACUGCAGAACCUAAAGGAAGUACUGGAGAAGGGCCGUGAUAAUCGCGAUCCCUUAAUCGCCGCUUGGGCUAUUGAGAAUGAGGAAUUUCAACGUUUGGUCGAGCAAAAUGAUCCGAACAAAUGCCCAGAAGAGAAGCAAUUGCAUAAGCUUUUGAUGAAAACUGCCAAAGAGAUUUAUAAACUGCGUAAAACUAAAGUGCCUAAAGGAUCACCCGACUUCUUGUCAUUCAAAGAGAAAAUGACCUUCUUCACACGCAAAGGCUUCCCAGUGCCCGAUCUGCCCGAUCGUGCCGAUUACGUGCUACCCGAUGGCGCGCUCAUCGAAGAGGAAGACGAAGAGGAGGAGGACGAUGAAGAGGAUAAGGCACGCGAAACGGCGAUCGCUAUCAACACAGCGCUCGUCGCAAGUAACAAUAGAAAUAAGAAUCUCAGUGAAAAUCAUUUGGGAAUCGCUGUCAGUCGUAGGGAGUUAAAUACAGCUAAGAGUACAGCAGCAGCCGCAGCAGCAGCGGCCGCUAUGGCGGCAAACAACACCAAUGUAGCGUCAACAAUGCCCAGCACAAGUGCAGCAGCAGCAGCAGCUCAAGCGUUGUUAAACAACGGUAACAGCAAUAGUAAUCAGGAAAAUAAAGCCAAUGUUGAUCAGAAGGAUGAACGAUUUGACUAUGUGGUUGAUCGAAAUUACGGUGUUGAGGUGUGAAGAGAUAGAUGCCAGUGGUUGGUGAGCACUGUUUGCUAUAUAUAUAUAUAUAUAUAUAUGUAUAUUUAUACGUAUUUAUAUAAAUAUAAUAGGUUUGUGUAUUUUUAAUUGUAUUUAUGUACAUAAAAUGUCCGCUAGAGGAUAACAGUAAACUCAAGAAACAAAAAAAUUGUGCCUUAUUAAUAGUUUUGUAACAAGAAUUGUGUAAAUGAUAAAGUAAAGAAAAAUAAUAAUUAAUAUGUCUUAUAUACGUACAUAUAUACUAUUUGUGUAUAAACAUAAUUAUAACAUAAACAAUUGUAUAUUAUUUAAAUAUCGUGACAAAAUCACAUGCAAAUCUUGAGUGUAAACAAAAAAAAAA